UCCACCACCACUCUAGGUAUUAUUACUCUGAUCUUCACUUUUCAAGCAUUACUACAAGCAUUAGUCUUCUUGUUUCACCAGUAACGAAGCUCUCUCUUUCUCGAUCUCUAUCUUUAUAAAGUAGAAGAAUCAAGAGCAAUGGAUCAUACGAGUAGGAAAGAGACGUUGCUUCUCAUCUUUCUCACAAUAUCCUCAGUGGCAACCAGCACAAGCCCAUGGCCGAUGGACGGAAACUAUGGUGCUAGCUAUUGCUUGAGCUGGAGACUAGGAGUAGAGACCAACAAUGUACGUUUGUGGCGCAUAGUUCCUCUGCAAUGUCUCCGUUACGUUGAGGUAUAUAUGCUAGCUGGUCAAUAUGACAGAGACGUCCAGUUAAUUGUGGACCAAAUUAAGGUUUAUCUCAAUGAGAUAGUCCUUCCUGGUGAUGGCAUGGACGCAUGGAUCUUGGAUGUUGAUGAUACUUGCUUGUCAAACGUCUUUUACUAUCGGCUUAAGAGAUACGGAUGCGACCCUUAUGAUCCAACCGGAUUUAGAACAUGGUCGAUGAAAGGAGAGUGUCCAGCAAUACAACCUGUUCUUGAAUUGUUUAAUACACUAAUAGAAACAGGCUUCAAGGUUUUCCUAGUAACUGGAAGAGAUGAAGAGACACUUCGUCAGGCUACACAAGAAAAUUUGCAUAACCAAGGAUAUACUGGUUAUGAAAGGUUGAUUAUGAGGACAGCAGAUAACAAAAGACAAAGCGCAAUAACAUACAAAUCAAGAAUCAGAAAGGAAAUGAUGGAACAAGGUUACAGGAUUUGGGGUAAUGUAGGCGAUCAGUGGAGUGACUUACAAGGAGAAUAUUCAGGGGAUCGUACCUUUAAGAUUCCUAAUCCUAUGUACUUUGUUCCCUAAGACUUUUUUACUUUAACCACUUUUUCUUUCGUACACAAGGGUAUGCCUCAACUGAAGUUAUACAACAAUCAAUGUCUGAACAAAUCAAACCGCAGUUCUAGAAAACAGAUUGUGUUAGUUUUACAAUUUCUAAUAUUUGU